AUGAGCAUCUACAAUCCUGUACCAACAAUGGCCUCUGACGACGAGUCUAAUGCCCCUCAGCAGACUGCCCCCAGUACUGACAACUCGUCUGCACUACCAACUCCUGUCCAUUCCGAGAUCACUAGCGAGUGUUCCAGCGACAAUGGCAUGCAAGAAGGAAUUGUCAAUGACAUGUUACAUGAGCCGCUAACAACGAACCGUACACAGGUACCUAUCGCCGUUGUUGGCAUGGCCUGUAGAUUACCUGGUCACUCCAAUUCACCCAAGGCCCUCUGGGAUUUCAUUGCGCGGGGUGGCAUCGCGGAGAACAGACCCCCAGCGUCACGGUUCAAUCUCGAUGGCCACUUUGACAAACACAGACGGCCUCGCACAAUGAAAUCCCCCGGCGGCAUGUUCAUGGAAGACGUCGAUCCAGAAGUCUUCGAUGGGGGAUUCUUCAAUAUGAGUCCGGUCGACUGUACUGCGAUGGACCCACAACAACGCCAGCUCCUCGAAGUCACCUAUGAGUGUUUGGAGAACGCAGGCCUACCAUUGGAUACGAUUAGUGGUCAAGCCAUCGGCUGUUUGGUUGGAGCGAAUGCAGUCGAUUACGAAGCAAUCCAGGCUCGAGAUCCAGAGGACAGACCAGAUUCAGCCACAAUCGGGGUGGCAAGAGCCAUUUUGAGCAAUCGAAUCAGUCAUUUCUUGAACAUUAGAGGUCCUAGUAUGACCAUCGAUACAGCGUGCUCGGGCAGUCUAGUGUCCCUUGACGUGGCAUGUCGCUACCUGGACACCCACCAAGCGAAUGGAAUGAUUGUCGCUGGGGCUAAUAUGUGGUUGAAUCCGGAGCAUAACCAGGAGACCGGCAUGAUGCGAGCAACCCAAUCAGCAUCGGGUAAAUGUCAUACAUUUGAUGCAAAAGCCGAUGGGUAUGUCAAAGCCGAAGCAAUCAAUGCUGUGUUCCUGAAGCGGCUAGAUGAUGCGGUACGGGAUGGGGAUCCUAUCCGCGCUGUUAUCCGCGGAACGUCAACAAACAGUGCUGGACGAACGCCUGGGAUUGCAAGUCCCAGCUCUGAGGCGCAGGCUGCCGCUAUCCGGGCGGCAUAUGCCAAUGCGGGGAUCUCUGGUUUCGUCGACACGGCGUACUUGGAAUGUCAUGGGACCGGGACCUUAGCCGGUGACCCGGUCGAACUGGCGGGCGCCGCAUCGGUCUUUGCUAAAGGUCGGGGCCCUGGCCAGGAGCUAGUGAUCGGGUCUAUCAAAAGUAAUAUCGGCCACUCCGAGGCCGCUGCAGGCAUCUCUGGUUUAAUCAAAGCCAUUCUCGCGGUUGAACGGGGGAUGAUUCCCGGCAAUCCGACCUUUGUGAACCCUAACCCUAAUAUCGAUUUUGAUGCUCUACGCGUGCGGGCAACUCGACACAUGAUAAAGUGGCCGGCCAUGAAAACGCGUCGGGCCAGUGUCAACUCCUUUGGGUUUGGAGGGGCCAAUGCCCAUGUCGUCCUGGAGUCAGCUGAGAACUCGCCUCAUGUUUCGUCAUAUUUGGAGAAGAUUGGUCACGACUUCUUUGACGAACAGGAUGACUCCUCGACAGAACAAGAUACCGAGCAGAAGCUUCUGGUAUUCUCAGCCAAUGACGAGCCGUCCCUUAAGAAAAACAUCCAGGCACUCUCCGCACAUCUGAUGAGCCCCGGGGUAUCGCUAGAUAUGGGUGAUUUAUCAUAUACUCUUUCCGAAAGACGCACCCGGCAUUACCAGAGGGCGUUUGUCGUCACAGAGGGAAAGGAAAUACCGAAAGAACGCAUCAUCUUUGGCAAGAAAAAGGCCAUUUCACCGAAGGUCGGGUUCUUGUUCACAGGCCAGGGAGCACAAUGGUCUCAGAUGGGACUGGAACUGUUGAAUUCCUUCCCAGUUGCAAGAAAUAUGAUCCACCAUCUCGACGAUGUACUGCAGACGUCGCUAUCACCACCAGAAUGGUCUCUUUGGGAUGAACUGACGGAGCCCAGAAGUGCGGAUGCGUUGCGGCAGCCUGAGUUUUCUCAGCCUCUUGUCACAGCACUACAGCUGGCAAUUCUUGAGGUCAUGAAGGACUGGGGGAUAGUCCCUACGAGCGUUGUCGGUCACUCUUCAGGCGAAAUUGCUGCAGCGGCAGCGGCCGGGUUGAUCACCCCGGAAGCGGCCAUCAAGAUCGCAUACUAUCGCGGCUAUGCCGCCAAACGGGUCACGCGAGAUGUCCCCCUUGGCAUGCUGGCAGUGGGUGUUGGCGCCGAGGAUGUGGAAAAUUACCUAGACACCAGCAACGGAGCGGUACAGAUUGCCUGCUACAACAGUCCGUCUAGUCUCACGCUUUCAGGCGAAGUUUCGGCUCUCGAGACGAUUCGAGAUCGCCUGCAAGAAGAUGGCCACUUUGCCAGAAUGUUACUCGUCAACCUCGCCUAUCAUUCCCAAUACAUGGCCCAAAUUGGCGAAUAUUAUGAAAUGUUGCUUCUGGAAGAUGACGAUUUACGACAGGAGAAUGUCACUGCCACCAAGGAAUCGAACAAGAAUACUGUUUGCAUGUUCUCGUCCGUAACUGGUCAACUGAUGAAAACACGACCGGACGCUGCCUAUUGGAAAAGUAACAUGAUCUAUCCGGUACGCUUUGCUCAAGCCGCAGCAGAUCUACUACAGAGCAAGUCGGCUUCGGACUUCCUAGUGGAAAUUGGACCAAGCAACGCAUUGGCCGGUCCGGUUACACAGAUCAAGAAGUCCCUCUCGGGUGCUGCAGCGGAUGCGCAAUAUACAGCAGCUCUCAAGAGAGGAACAGACGCGACCGUCGCUCUUUACGAGGUGGCUGGAUGGCUUUUCCUCAGCGGUGGCUCCGUCUCACUGAAAAGGGUGAACCACCACAACUCUCCUCGCACCCCCGGUGUUAUAGUUGAUCUCCCCAACUACUCUUGGAACCACUCCACCAAAUACUGGCACGAAACAACAGCUAGUACCGAUUGGCGAUUCAAGCAAUUUAUCAACCACGAUCUCCUUGGGUCCAAAAUAAAUGGAACUUCCUGGAGCGCACCGAUAUUCAAGAAAACACUGAAACUGACGGAUGUCUCUUGGCUCAUGGACCAUAAAUUAGGAAGUCAAGUCGUGUUCCCAGGAGCUGGGUAUAUUGCCAUGGCCGUUGAGGCAGUGUACCAGACGGCUUGGAUGACUAGUUGGAAAGGCGAGGCACCAGCUCGGUAUCGAUUUAGGCUCAGAGAUGUCAAAUUAAUCCGAGCUCUGGUACUGGAACCCGACCUCGCGUCUCGGAUCAUGCUUUCGUUGACUCCUGUUCCUGGUUCCACACGCACGUGGUUCGAGUUCAAGGUUUCUUCGUUGAGAGAAACAUCCUGGGUUGAACACUGCAACGGUCUUGUACGGAUUGACACGGACUACAGUGAUCAGAAUGCGCCGCAAGGUGCUGCAGAAGCGCUGCGGUUCGCCAGUUCAGCACGUUCGUGGUACAAAGUGAUGGCAGAUGUAGGGUACAACUUUGGACCCGCGUUCCAAAAGCACUUACAAGUGGAGACAAUCACUGGCCAGAGGAAGAGCCGGUCGACAGUUUCUCUUCAACCCCCGGAGUCAUCUUACGGGCAGUCCAUCUAUCCCAUGCACCCAGCUUGCAUUGAUGGAUGUUUCCAGACUGUUUCCCCAGCCCUGUGGGGAGGCGAUAGAACAACCGUCGGUGCUGUCCUGGUACCAGCUGUCAUCAGCAGUCUUGUCAUCACUGCACAAGAGCAAUCUCCAAAUGAGGCUAUCUCCGUUGCAUCGGCUCAUUACCUGGGGAUCGGACGCACCGAUACCCCUAGAAACUACGGAACGGAUUGUUCCGUUUAUAACCCGAAAGAUGGAUCUCUACUCUUGGAGAUGAAGGGACUUCAAUUCAGAGAGCUGGAAACAAGCGAGGAUGAGCGGCCCCAGCAUGUCUUUACUAGAACUUCCUGGAAUGCAGACAUUUCGACGUUACUGUCUUCCCCUACAGCCGUUUUACAGGAGGUCCUUACAAAAAGCACACCAGAACCACGCGACGACUUCAAUCCAGGCGAUUCCAAGCCACCCACUCUAACCAUACAACAAGACCUUGUUCAAACACUUGUGGAUCUUGUCGCUCACAAGUAUCCCAAGUUGAAAGUCUUGGAGGUCAAGGUUGGUGUAGAAGAUGCGACCAGCAUUUGGCUAGAAAGCAACUCGCCACCAUCCAACCCGAUCCGAGAUGCCUGCGUACGGUACCACUUCGCAUCAACCGACCCAACGGCGCUCGUUGCAGCGCAGGAUCAAUAUUCCUCACGGGCCCCCGAUGCAGAGUUUACCAUGAUCAACCCCGCUUUGUCUCAGGAAAUCCUAGAUGGCGUGCAAUUCGAUCUAGCCAUCGUGACAAUCUCACCCUCCGCAUCAGCGGAGGUAGUGAACGCAGUUAUAGCAAGUGUGCAUUUGUCCAUGGAGGGCAGCGGUUUGGUCGUGGUGGUUGGCCAAGAGACCUCUACGCCUACUAUAGAUAUCCAAGCAGCCCUUUCCGACAACAAUUUUGGCAACAUCCACACGUUGAGCGAUAACAUUUAUUUGUGCUCACGAGUGCGCACUAAAAACAAUGAAGAGGAUCAUGUUCCUGCGCGGCGAAUCAUCAAACACGUCAGCCUCCAACCAACCGCCCAAAAAGCCCCCUCACAGAUCAUUGAAUCUCUUCAAAACGGAAAUUGGAUUGUUGAGAGCGUUCUGGAUGUGGCGAGCGGUACCAGCACCAAUGAAUCUGUUCUCAUCCUUGAUGAACUUUCAACGACCGUCAUGGAUUCUCUGGACGAGAGACAAUGGCAGAUCUUGCAGGAUCUUGUUCAAAAGGAAUGUCAGAUCCUAUGGGUCACCUCUGGCGCCCAGAUGGAUGUCACAGCUCCAACCAAAGCUGCCAUAAGUGGUUUCUUCCGCGUUUUGCGAGCGGAGGAACCUCUCCUCCGUUUAGUCGUGUUGGAUGUGGAGCAGCCAUUGAAGCCUACCACGGUGACAGCCAUCGAAACUUGUCUCACUCUCAUGGCCGAGCCUCAAGCCAAGCAAUUUAUUGAGAGCGAGUUCGUAGAGCGUGGGGGCGUUCUACAUGUGAGCCGAAUCCUUCCAGACACAACACUCACCCACCUUCAGGACGAGGAUCCCAGUGCCCGGAAAACAGAAUCAGUGGACCUGCAUGCGAAUACUGCCCGCAUCCGCCUGAGUGCUGAAAGACUAGGUAACAUCGACUCGGUCCACUAUUGGGAACUCCCGGUAGAUUCUCUGACGUUACCUGAUGGCUUUGUUGAAGUUGAAAUAUUUGCCGCUGGCAUGAACUACAAGGAUGUUGUAGUCACCAUGGGAAUUGUUCCUGGUAAUGAACACACUCUUGGAGGUGAAGGCGCAGGUAUAAUCACUAGAGUCUCUCCACAAGUAACCUCAUUUGCAGUGGGACAACGUGUUGUGGUGUUUGACAAGGGAAUGUUCGCCAACCGAGUCCAGACAACCCCAGGGCGGGUUCAUCGUAUUCCAGACUGGAUGACCUUUGAACAGGCCUCCACCUUGUCAGCAGUUUACCUGACGUCAAUUUAUUCCCUGUUUGAUCUGGGAAAUGUGAUCAAAGGCCAGCGCGUUCUCAUCCACUCCGCUGCUGGUGGUGUUGGUAUCGCAGCAAUCCAACUGUGCCAAUAUGCAGGUGCCGAGAUCUUUGCCACGAUUGGAACCGACGAGAAGCGGGAGUUCCUCAAAUCAACCUUCGGGCUCUCGGAUGACCGGAUCUUCAACUCGCGAAAUACUGACUUUGCUAAGCAAAUAUCUGAUGUUACCGAAGGCCAGGGAGUGCACCUCAUUCUAAACUCGUUGACGGGUGAUUUGCUCGACGAAUCAUGGCGUAUCUUGGCCGAUGGGGGUACAAUGAUUGAGAUUGGGAAAAAGGACAUACUGGAUCGUAACAGCCUGGCAAUGGAGCCCUUUGAUCGAAACAUUUCAUUCCGAGCAGUGGAUAUGUCGCAUGAGCGAGCACCAGACCAUCUCGUUUCUCGAUUGAUGUCGAGAUUAUUCCAGAUGAUCGAGGCAGGGCACGUAAAGCCUAUUGCACCCAUCCAUCAAUUCUCCUUUGCGGAUAUCCCAUCCGCUAUCCGCUUUUUGCGUGCUGGAAAGCAUAUCGGCAAGAUUGUCAUUUCGGAUGGAGCGGAGGCAGUGGUCAAAGUCCCAGUCCGACGAGCGCCCAAAACUUUGAACUUGCGCAGUGAUGCAUGCUACCUAAUUGUCGGUGGCCUAAAGGGUCUUUGUGCCUCUCUCGCCGUGUAUCUGGCCAAAUGUGGUGCAAAGCAUUUGGCCGUUAUCUCGCGCAGCGGUCACGCCGAUGAGAAAUCACAGGGCGUGGUCAGAGAAAUCCAGGCUUUGGGGUGCGAGAUUGACCUCCUUUCGGGGGAUGUUUCCAACAAAAAUGAUGUGGAGAAAGCUUUCCAGCAGACCACGGUGCCAAUUGCAGGCAUUGUUCAAGGUGCCAUGGUGCUACGGGAUCGAACCUUCUCCUCCAUGUCCGUCGACGAAUACCACGGCGCACUAGCAUGCAAAAUCCAAGGAACAUGGAACUUGCACAACGCAGCUGAAAAUCUAGGCCUCCAGCUGGACUUCUUCACCAUGUUGUCGAGUAUCUCAGGAGUCGUUGGCCAAAAGGGUCAAGCCAACUAUGCGGCCGGUAAUGCGUUCCUGGACUCCUUCGCCAGCUACCGUCGUCGCCUAGGUCAACCGGCCUGUGCCGUCGACCUGGGUGUUAUUGAAGAUGUGGGUUAUAUUCACGAACGAGAUGGCAUGCAACAGAAGCUGGACACCAGCAUCUGGGUUGGCAUCAACGAGGGCCUCUUGCGUCGCAUCCUCUACUUUUCAAUUCUGCAGCAACGGGCCGAUGCGCCAUCGAUACUCUCCACCACGCAGAUAAUUACCGGCAUCCCGGUACCUCAGCCUGAGAACUCGCAGUUGUUGCAAGACGCCCGAUUUGCUAGUCUCUUUACGACCACUGGGCGUACAGCGACCGGUGGUGGCGAGGGAAAUAGCUCGGCUGGUUCUAAGGAGAUUCAGGCAUUGUUGCUGCUUCUUCGAUCCAAAUCCCCGGAUACCGCAGCACAGCUUGCAGCGACGGUAGAGGUGGUCAAUAAGUGCUUUGUGAGAGUUCUCCGGCUCUCGGAGCCCAUAGAUACUGGACGGCCUCUGUCGGUUUACGGCAUUGAUUCUUUGGCUGCCGUGGAAGUGCGAAACUGGCUUCGAGUUGAACUUGGGGCUUUAGUAACUACUUUGGAUAUUCUGAACGCUUCAUCGCUGAUCGCUCUCUGCGAGAAGGUUGUAGCGAAAGUGGUCACUUCAUAG